AUGCUGCCUGUAGCUGUGAUGACGGUGUGUCUGAGUGUGGCUCUGUCCGCCCCCACUCUGGACCCUGAGCUGGACCAGCACUGGGACCAGUGGAAGAGCUGGCACCAGAAGAACUAUGAUGAGAAAGAGGAGGUCUGGAGGAGGGGGGUGUGGGAGAAGAACCUGAGGAUGAUCGAGCUGCACAACCUGGAGCACUCCAUGGGCAAACACACCUACCGCCUGGGGAUGAACCACUUUGGAGACAUGACCAACGAGGAGUUCAGACAGAUCAUGACCUGCUACAGACCUCGUGAAGACAGAAACGCUUCCCUGUUCAUGAAGCCUAAUUUCCUGAAGGCCCCUCCCAGUGUGGACUGGAGAACAAAAUACUACGUUACACCUGUUAAAUACCAGGGUUCCUGUGGUUCCUGUUGGGCUUUCAGCGCCACUGGAGCUAUGGAGGGCCAGCUGUUCAAAAAGACCGGGAAGCUGGUGCCACUGAGCGAACAGAACCUGAUGGACUGUUCAGGACCUGAGGGCAAUUAUGGCUGUUAUGGUGGCUGGAUGAAUAAUGCCUUCAAGUAUGUUAUGAACAAUGGGGGUCUGGACUCUGAAGCAUACUAUCCAUACGUGGGAACAGUACGUAAUGCUGGACCGUGCCGCUACAGCCCAAUGUACAACGCUAUCCAGGUCAACGGGAUAGUGAACAUCCUCAGCGGUAACGAGUCAGAACUGAUGAAUGCUGUGGCCACAGUGGGACCAAUUUCUGUUGCUUUUGAUGCUAGUCAUGACUCGUUCCGUUUUUACAGCAGUGGUAUUUACUAUGAGCCAAGCUGUGUCACGAGGCCGACACACGCUGGGCUGGCUGUGGGCUACGUCUCUUUACCACCAGUUAACUACUGGAUCGUCAAGAACAGCUGGGGGACCAGCUGGGGGGAAGAAGGCUACAUCCGCAUGUCCAAAGACCGAGGCAACAACUGUGGCAUCGCAUCGUAUCCCAGUUAUCCUCUGGUCUGA